GAGAGAGAGAGAGGGCGAGAGAGAGAGAGGGAGGGAGGGAGAGAGAGAGAGAGGCAGAGAGGGAGGGAGACAGACAGAGUGGAGUUGUGUCCCAUAUGUGGAAAAAAAGCAUAGCAGUGCACACCAGGUCUGGUCUGCUCCAGGGAUUAUCUUAGCGCUUUCAGCUCUGAUGGAGGACAUGCAGGCAUGAAUAGGUAAGGCUUCCUGUCUUCUCUGUAUCUCUGUGUUGAUGUGCUGUCAGAGCCGCUGCUCUCUCUCUCUCUCUCUCUCUCUGCUGUUUGCUUUGGCUGCGCUUGCAGGCUGAAGUUGGAAGAGGACCGGAGCUGCUGGAGCUGAGUGUGUUGUAGCAGCUCCCUUCUCUGGCCACUGACCAUGAGACAUUACUCGGAGCAAAGCAAACCUCCAAACUCAGCCUUUUUCCUCCUAGCCUUCCUCUGAACUGUGCAGUGUUUGUUUUAGGCGGUGCUACGGUUUGCUGCUGUAGUGUAGUUAGUUAUUCUGGGCUGAGUGCUAAAAGUUGACUGUCAGUCAGAGCUGAGGGGGCUGUGGUGGGCGGCAGUGUUUUACGUGAAGCCUGUUGGUGUCCAGAGACAGCCGUGCAGUCAUUGCAUAAUUUCUUUUCCUUAUGGAGAGUAUAUCAGUGCGUCUGAUUGUGUUUUUUAAAUAUUUUAAAAAGUGGAGUAUUUGUGACAGCCAAACAUGCAAAAAAGUAUGAAUUCUCAUUUUCAGUAUGUGCAUGUACUUGUGUUUUUUUUAAUCAGUGGAAACAGCAGCUUGACAAUUUGUCAAAUAAUUAUUUUUAUUAUUUGUUUUUUAUUCUAAUAAACAUAUUCUAAUGUGUCCAGAUAUGUUUAAAAGAUCCUGUUUCUCUUUUAUACUCUCUUUUUUGUGAUUGUGAUUUAGCUCCAAUGUGAGUACAAAUACUGCUCUGUUGUCAAGAAAACUGAGGAUCAACACAAAUGGCUUCUGUGAGAGAAGGGAAAAAAAACACAAAUUCAGAUAAUCUCAUGGUUUUGCUCAGGGAGGUGCUUCAUAUCAGAAUAAAACAAUCAAAACUGGAGGAUUAAACUAACUUUAAUCUGCGCAUGAUUGAAAUAUGACAUUUACAACCUGGAGCAGAUGAGAGAGACAUUUCUCAUUUUGUCCUGUCUUUUAAAGUGUACAAGGCUGAAAAUAUUCUUUUUUGUGAGGAUUAUUCAUCUACAGGAGAUAUCAAAAUAAAGAUAGCCUCAAAACUUUUUCAUAAUUGGAAAUGUUUUUCCCUCUGCUUUUCCCUUAUGCAACUCCAAAAUUGUUUGGUCUCCUAAGAAUGCAGUCUUUAUUGCCUCAGUGCACAGAGCAAUGGUAUGCACGAGUCUUUUUGUGAGGCAGAUUUAGAAAGCCCUCUUUAGAGGCUGAACGCUGCCUCACAAUCAGCUUAAUGCCUGCCUAUAAUGAAUACCCUUGUGUGCGUCAAUUUUGCAGGCCGUGUGUGUAUAAGCGUGUGUGUGUGUGUGCGAGAGCGCAUGUGUGUGUUUUUGUUACACUGAUAGGGUUCUCAGGUUGGUCAGUAAUUCUAUCAUACUCUGGGUGAAUUCUGCUGUGUGUGUGUGUGUGUGUGUGUGUGUGUGUGUGUGUGUGUGUGUGUGUGUGUGAGCUCGUGUGAAAGGGUUGGUUGACAUGUGAGUGUUUGUCCAGACAUUGUGCAGCAGCCUGUAACUGCCUUACAUCUCUCUCUCUCCCUCUCUUGCAGGGCUGUUCUGUUGUCAGUGCGAGCUCAUGCUUGUGAUGGACUACAGCCGGACGGAUGCUAACCUUAGCUGGCUUACUCAAAACAGCAUUCCUCUUUACUGAGACCAGCUCCACAGAAUGCUGAGUCCUAUUGUCCCCUAUAGUGAGUACACUACACACUUCUCUCUCUCUCUCUCUCUCUCUCUCUCUCUCUCUCUUUCCCUCUGCUCUCGCUAUCUUCCUUUCUGCAUGUCACACUGCAGAGCCCCUCUUGACCUAGUUGGACUUUGCCUUAAUCAAUGAGCCCUCCAGCCAAAAAUAAGCAGAGUUGGACAGUGUGUUCAGUAUUUUGCAAACAGAAGGGAAAAUGCGCAGGUAACUGUGAAAUGUGCAAGCUACCUGACUUUCUCUGCGACGUGCACCGUGGAAAUGUAAACCAGGGGCACUGAAUGUUUCAUCACCAGGCAGAAGACACACUUGGGGGGUUAAAGAGGGAUGGAGGGAGUCUGGAGAGUUGAUGGUUUAAACAGCAGAAACCCCUUGGCUCUGCCAGUGUCAUUUUACCAAUACAGCUCAGGAUUUUCGUCUGCAGACACUUCCUGCUCGUGCUCCGUUUCCCUCUUCUCUCUCUCUCUACUCUUCUUUCAAUCCUGACCUAAUAACUGACAUGUCCAGUUUCGGACCCCCCUACUCGUAUCCUCCCACCAGGUUUCAUUUGAGUCCAGUGCUCUGGCUUUCCAAAACAGCAUUGUUUGCUGGCCAGCAUGGGGCCGCCUCUGUGGUCUCGGCCUCAAGAGCCCCUUUUUUCCCAGCUCUUUAACCCCCCUCAAAGGAGCAUUAUCAGCAUGACAGUUACAUGAAGAGAGGAAAAACACUCAAACAGAAAGGUUCAUUUAAAAAGUAUUUUUUCAUAAUAGAUGGUAAAAAAAACUUCAAAAAUGUAUUUAGGGUUGCGUAGGACAACAAAAGGGUCUGAUCUGAGCCCUAAGUUUAGAUGUUUGAUUGUAGAUUUGACACUUAAAUGUUUAAUCUCAGAUUUCAACAUUUAAAAGCCAUUCUCAUUUUCAUUUUUAGUCUUAUUCUUAAUUUAACUUGUAAUUUUCAGGAUGUUUUGAUCAUUUUUAGACUGAUACAAAGUUAAUCUGAUGUGCUGCUGUGAAACUUGUCCACUCUUUAAUGUUUGAACAUGUUUUUUUCCAUCAAAAGAUGUUCAUACCUGAUAAUUUAAUGAGGCUGAGUUGCUCAAACAAUACUGAUGGCACAUCAAUUUCCAAAAACCUUCAUGCAUACUUUUGCUGCAGACCAGCUUCAUGAGAUGUUCUCCCAUUAGCUCCCUGCACCCUGUUAGUCCACACUGACUGGAUGUACUCUGUUGUUUCUGAAGUGGCCUGCACAUCCAAGAAUGUCACAAACUGCUGGUGGAAUAGUUUGCAUGCCUUCAGAGCCAGCACACUGCUGCUCCUUAUUGCCAAUCAUUCAGUCAACUAUGUACUAGCCUUUGUGUGUGAUUUGCUUUAAUGAUUAGGAUGCACAAUGCUGGUUUUCAUCUGCUCUGCCCAGUGGCUUCAUGGUUCUUGGUGCACAGAGCAGCUCUGUUCUGCAGCGCUCCUGCAGCGCUGAGAUUGUUUCGGAGCAGCCUGUUAGUUUGCGUGUAUGCAGACAGAGGAAACGUGUAAGCCACACAGCAGUGUUAGGUAGUCACAUUGUUUAUUCUCAGACCAGUGACACACAAACACACCCCUGGGCUCGCUGGUGACACUGCAGCUCGCUGUCUUUUAGUUAAAGACUGUAGUCAUGGUUCUGCUGACCAGGGCUCCCACUUCGAGGGACUUUGCAUGUAUGCAGGACAUGCGAAGACUCUCACCUCCCUGUUGGAAUCCCCUCUAUGAGAGUGGGGAGAAUUUUACGAUUCCCAUUUCUACUUUUUACCCCUGCCUUAAAUUUUUGCCCUUGCAUAAUGACAGGUAGGGGUGUACUGAUAUACACACGGUAGUAACACCAAAUACCGAACUUUGGACUCGGUUAUUAGUAAUGCUUUUACAGAUAUUUAGAUCUGUGUGAUUCCCAUUCAUCCUUGGUGGGUCCAGUUUUGGUCCUCAUCUCCGGUCAGUCCUCAGGACCUCAAGCUGAGGCGAGCAGCCACGGCCGGACCUGAAGAGAAACCUGAGAGAGAUUCCAGGGGCCAUGGAUACUCCUGGAGGGAUUUGGUGCAAAGAAUCUGUAAUCUGCACUUCAAACACACUCUUAAAUCAGUCCCAGGCCGCCAACCCAGGAGUGCCCUAACUCUUGUUGCUGGGGCCCCCCCCGGUGUAGCGAUACCUUUUCUUUUAAAACAGCACACAUACACACACACACACACACGCACACACAGGACUCCAGAUCUCACAGUUUUUAUAGCUCUCCUCUGACUGACCCCUCUCUCCCUCUCUUUUCUCUCUCCAGCUCUGUUUUUAUGUUUUGUGCGAGUGUCUUUGUGAAUGACUCGGCUAAGUCAUGAAGUAGUUUGUAUAGAAAGAAGAAGAAGUAGAUCUUAUCCUGGCCCCUGAAGAAGCAGGUUGGAGAGCUGCUUUGCAUCUAUCCCUAUUGUAGGGAAAGUGCUAUGAGAGGUGCAGUGGAGGGGCCUGUGAGGCCCUUUAGUAAACACACAGUCUACUAAAGUGUGUGUGAAUAAGAGCUGGGAUCAUUAGUGUUGGGUGUGAAUGGGCUCUAAUUAGCCCUCAGUGCAUGUGCGUGCAUGUCUGUGCGUGCAUGUCUGUGUGUGUGUGUGUGGCUUUAUGUGUCUUAUGUUUGCAUGAGUGUACAUCCAAAAGAAAAGAUGGUUGGGGACCCAGGGCCCCAUGAGUCCACUGGCACCUUGCACUGUCUCUCCGAGGGUUCAUCAGCUCAUUAAGGAGACCUACGGUCCCGUUAAGGGCCCAAUUAAGGAGCAAGGCGGUGAGGCUCAUUUUGUUGGCAACACUUCACUGAAUUCCUAAGGCAGCAGAAUUCAAAGCUGGACAAUAAGACACAGCACCUUUCACAGCAGCAAUGUUAAUUAGUAAAUGAGCACGCUUGAUAAAUAACAUACUUUCAUCAUAAGACCAUUAGGUGUUUGUCGUACAGUAGUCAUGAAAUGCAUCACCAUGGAGGCAAGUGUGGCUGUGGAGUAAGUCAACCUUUCUCUUAUUUGUGUCUGCGCAAGUAGAGAGCAACAAAUCCCAGAGCCAUCCGUGUGCUGAGAGUUUAAGCUGCGAGCACAGAGGGGGAUUUGGACAGAAAGGAGGGAAUGCAACAUGCUUACUGGGAACGGGGGGAACAGGGGAGGCAGAGAAACAGGGAAAGAAGGAGAUUGCAGAGAAAAGAUAGAGCUGGAGAGAGGGGGAGAUAGGACAGAGAUUGGGCGAGUGAGACAGAUGGAAGGGGUGAUUGGUCAUCACAGAGCCUUAGGACAGCUGUUCUUUGAUAUAUUAGUGGACACAAUGACCUAAAGCCAGCCUGCAGUCAUAGAAAAUAGGGACCCUGUUUUUCUUGAAGGGGAGGGGUUUUAGCCAUUUGUGGACGUGCGUUAGCAGGCACGGGGGAUGGGGGGGUUGUUUCUAAAAUUACGAGCAUGAAGUGACACAUCCAGCAAUUAUUCCGGGGGCUUUCUAGUUUUGGAGAGUGCUGAGGAAAGGGUUGUAAAUCCUGCCAGCUCUCAGAUGGGGAUCUACUUUUUUUUUUUUUUUUUUGGCUGCAGUAUCAUUAGCAAUUCUAAACACGCUUGUCAAUUCAUCAAUAUUUAACAAAUGCCACCAAGAAGUUAGGCUACUGCUCUUCUCUGCAAAAAUUACUUUUGUUGAUGAUGAAUAUUUAUUUACUGCUAAUACAUUGAUCUUUUUUCACAUUGAAGCUUCAAAUGGCUCCUAACAAUAACUGUGAUCUGCCUGAACUUUGCUUUAUUAUAUUCAAGGGCCCUGGGUUUUUUGUUGUGCUGCUCGUCUGUGUAUCCUCAAAGUGUUCUAUUGUAGCUUUGUCCUUUCUUUAAUAAAACUGUAUCAGCUGCACAGGCUGACAAAAUAAACAGCCGAAAUAAACGCCCCCAAAGGGCUAUGAAACAAACAAACAAAAAAGCAAAGGACAAAGUGUCUCUCUGAAACUUGGAGUACAGACAGCUCUAGCCACAGUAAGAGGAAGGUACACAGAUACACAGAGCACAUCCCUCAAUGCCACUGAAGGAGAUGAGCUCCUUCCUCCUGGGACUGGGCUGGUGAGGCGUGCUUGAAAAGAACUGCGUCUGCUGGCGCUCUGUGCAGCAGGUGUGAAAACUCCCCACAAGGGCUCCAGCACUCUUCUGUUAUUACGUCUUUUUAGGGCCGUGAAAGAGGGAGCAGAUGAGCCAGAGGGAGCGAGAGGCAGAGUGGGAGUGUGGGAUUGUGUUUCAUUUGAUUGAUAGCAGCCCCAUGACUAACACAUAGAUUUAUAAUAUUUUUUCCCUGCAAUGCUCAAUUAUGCAUGUCUGAUAAAUUAUGACCCCUGUUGUUCUGUGUGCGCAUUAACUUGUCUCAAGGAAGUUUGGAAAAGGGUCUCCAAGUAUGACCUCUCUGUUUCUUUAACAGCUUUUUGACAAUACUCCACUUGAGAACAAAGCUUUACAGCAUCUGUGGGGUAAAGUUAUUGGAGGUGUGGGUGAAGUAACACAGUACAUUUGUGAAAAUUCAUCACAAGUUUUCAUCAUGUUGGUUAUGUGGGCUGUGCAAGGUGAUAAAAUGUGAAUUUCAUUCUCAACUGAGAGAACAUCCAGAGACAAUUUUCCACUGUCUCCACCUGCCACGUGUGAAAUGUGGCCGGCCUCUCAGAUUGGUGUUUUUUAUGACAGGCCAGGUAGUAUGCAGCAGCGGCAGGACGACCACAGCCUAGCGAGAAUGUCCUGCUUGAUAUUAGUGUCAUAAAUCACAGUGAACUUGAGAACAGGGGACUUAAGGGGCUUCCAAGAGUGAACGACAAAUCAAGAUAACAAACUGAUAAAUAACAGAUCCCGAGUGCAGACGCAGCUCCCUCACAUUCUCUAAGAAGGUUAUUGGAUAUGUUUGUCUCAGCUUUACAAAAGUGAUCAAAGAGUACCGACGUUAGACAUAAUUACUGCUACACAUUUUUGUCAGGCAUGCAUGAGUUUGGUCCAAUAACUCAUUGAUCAGCGUGUGCUCUCUGAAUACAGAACAAGUCAUGCAGUCAUCUGAGCUUUAAGCUUGUGAUUUAUCAGCACAAAUGAAGUGUGUGUCCUCGUGUCGUCUUUUCUGUCGUUCCUUGUCAGUAUGCCUGCGUGUCGUUUAUUUAAGCAGCACUCAUUUCAGGCUGGUCUUUUCAAAGUGCCCAUUUGAGACGUUGUCUAAAUUGAAUCCUUGACAUACUGCCACAACAGCCAGAGCAGCAUUCUUGAAACAAUUUGACACUGCCCUGUCUGCAACUUUUGUCAAGAAGUCCUGAAAGAAUUUUCCUUAAAAAAGGAUUUUAAGUAAAAAAAAAAAAAAAAAUAGUCGACCUUUCUGCUGGACAAACUUACCUUUUAAAAGUAAAAUGCAUUUAAUGAUUUUCAGCAGCACUUUUUAAACUCUUUUUACCGUGUAAAGUGCUCAUCGUAAUAUUGCUUGAUGUUUUUAAGAUGUUAAAGUAUUGAGCGAAAGGAUUUAUAGAUCUGUGAAUGGUCAAAUUGGUGCCCUGAUUUUUGUCUCUCUGCACGGAGGAGUGGUGGUGUUGGCUGUUUACUGUGAUCAGUGGAUGGGGGUAGAGCUCUGCCCUGAAUAGAGUCCUGAUUGGAUUGAUCCAACGCUCUUGUUUACAAGCAGCCUCUUCACGAUCGGCAUGGUUUAAUAGCACACUGUCCCUGAAGGGUUGCUGCAUCCAUGUCCGUUUUGUUCCUCGGGGCAAAGAAAACAAAAGUGCCGGGAAGGGAGAAGGGAAAAGCAACCUCAGGGGAGCUGUGAAACAGCGCCGGAGACCUCUACCUCCGGGCUUCCUGCCAAGAUAACGUUUCACAUCACCCACCAAUACCUCUUUUAUAGGAAACCACAACACCGUCCAGAGCACAACCAGCCUUUAUAGGCCAAAAGCUACUUAUGUUUCACCCAGUCAACAUGAGAUUCAGUCAUUUAGGGCAGUUUAGAGCAGCUGAGGGCUGAAAUCACACAUGAACUUUAAAAACUCCCUCUGAGCCAUCAGUGAUCUUAUUUAGAUUUUAGGGCCUUCUUAAAGUAAAUCUGGUUUCUGCUGAAGAGAUCGUUGCCACUGUCUUCAUCACACACUCCGUCAAUAGGAUGCAGCUCACACAGGUCCCUCAAUAAAUCCCAGGGUGACACAAAAGCUGUCAGUGGACUGCUGCUGAAUAGAUUAAUAAGAUUUCCAUAAUUAGACAGGCCCCUGACAAAAGGAUCCUUCAGGCUUUGUCUCAGGGCCAACUGGAUUGUCCGAGCUGCGCACGUCUGCUGGACAGCCCUCCAUCACAAUGGCUGCACAGACAGUAAGGCGGUCAGCAGGAGAACAUCUGUCUCUCCUGGGGCCGAGAACACGCGCGCAUACACACAGUGGGAAAUUUCAUGUGCAUACACACAACCUCUUUUUAGCUACUGGUCAACGGAAAAGCUUAUUCAUCACAUAUUUAUGUAUACAUCUCAUAAAUGAUCACAGUUCAGAUCAAAUUAAACCCUGUCCGCUCCUCUCCUGUUAGGACUGGAUCCAGCAGCUGAUAUUGAAUGUGUUUUUUAAUCCAUAAUCCUCUGCAUGUAUGGGUAAAAUACAGGUAGAGAGGUAUGGCAGAUUAUUCAAGCAGAAAUGUGAAAGUUUAAUGGUUAAAAACUGCAUUCUGCCCACAAACUUGAAAACAUCCGAUCAGCAGGGUGAUGCCUCGUUGUCCCCAUUGGUUUUCCUGGAUAAUUAAAAUCCAGCCUCACACUCAGAUGUAUAUUCAAGUUAAUCUAACGAAUGCACUGCUUUCCACAAUACGUCCACAUUGUCCUGAUUACCCGCUUCUAAUCUUAGCUUUCUUCCUGCCUCUCCAGUGAAUUAAUCUACAUGAUGGCUCUGAUUUAAGCAGAAGUGUAGAUUAGAGCUUGCUCAGUUUAUUGUGAAGGGCGGCUGAUCUAAAAACCACAAUCCAGCUGAAGGCGAGAUCUAAUUAUAUGGAAAAGGCUAAACUGCGCUACCACCCUGCUGUUUUCAUCAGGGGUGAGAGGCAGCCCAUCGCUCAUCGUACUCGCUGUGUACAUACAGAAGGAACUGAAGAGUGUAAUGCACUUUUUGAAGAGACUUAGUGAAAGUAAUUACUCUCAGAUUUUACAGUGAAUUGCUUCUUCAGGUAUGGGCAGCUGGUCAUUACGUUAGUCAAGGGGGUAGUGUGUGAGAGAAGUCCAUUCUGUGUUGGUGCUACCCUAAUGAUGGAGUGGACAGCAGUUAGCCCGCCUCACUGAGUCCUCUAAUGUCCGCUCCAGUCCACUCUGAGAGGACGAAGCGCCUGCUGUCCACUCUUUUCCUCUCCCUCCCUCUUCCAAUCCCUCCCUCCCCGUUGCAGGUUUUAUGAGCUCCCCUGGGCUCUCAUCCAUCUCUGUCACACACAGGCCCCAUUAUUGAGGCUGUUCACAAACUGGUCGGGCUGCAGAUGGGAAGGGCCUGCAGGACAUAUACGGUUUCUGCAGCCUGGACAAAGACCUGCGAGUUAGGCCACAAAAAUAUGUGGUCAUCUGGGUGUGGAGAGGACAAUGUCUUCAGCAUGUUUGUUGAAAACAGAAGUGAAUAGAGUGUGAGAACGUUCCUUCACAUCAUCCUGCGGCGGGUGUGUUGUUGUGUGGGUCGGCUGAAGCUUAGGGAAGUACUUGAACUGGUUUUGGCCAUUGGGAACUUAAGGCAGUGGAUUUGAAUAUGAAGGACGUGAUAAUCCAAUGGCCAUCUGGUCUGCUGGUCUCAUCUGACUGAAUAAAUAACAGGCGUAAUCUGAAAACACACAUGGGCCGGUUUGCAAAGCGGGUAAAGAAAGAGGCCAAAGUUUAGGAGCUGGAGCUAGAGAGCGGCAGAAUCACUGUCUGUGGUAUAUUGAGAUUUGAUUUAAAUGGCAAUAAGAAGCCUGGCUCCACACACACAGACAGCCAUGAAUAAUGAAUCAUCAGGCGUUCACUGAAGGGAGGGCAGAGCGGCGAGUAAAGACGGCUUUUGCCAUAUUCCUCCUUACCUCCAUUUCUGGCUGAAGUAGUCCUUACCCCAGGGUAAAUUGUGACAGUUCAAUAAUGCCAAGCUAUGCAUGGAAUGUCAAGCUUAUGCCUCAGCAAGUGUUCCUGCUACUCUCCAUGUCAUAGACUUUUCUAUAACUAUCAUAAUGCCAUACAUAUGUGGUUAGAGAUUGUCUCUUACAUGCUAAAACUGACAAUAGAGCCUGUUGUUGGGCUUCAGAUUUGCUCUAAAAGGGUAAGAACAAUAGCAUGCAGACACAGGAAAUUUGCAGAUACAUUAUACAUUUCAGUAAGAGUUGUCAGACAGACAAGUUGUUCCUCUUCCACACAUUCAGAUGCAGUUCCAGUUAAUAUUUUUCAUAGGACAGUCCGUCUCUUUCUAUGAGGCUACCCUCUUUUUUUGUUAGCUUGGCGAUGUGCUCAGUGUGUAGCAGCCAUGAUCAAUCAGACCUCGGCCAGUGCUGAAGUCAGCCAGAGGAACAGACAUUCCACUUUCCCAAUGUUCCAUGGGAGAGUGUGCUGAUGAAUAGCACACUAUGCUGCAAUCCCAAACCCAACCCCCCCCCCCCCCCCCUUUUCUUUCUUGUUUUUUUUCUCACUCUCUCCACACCACUGUCCACGAACACACACAUACAAAUCCCCCCUCCCUCCCUCCCUCUGUCCAGCCGGCCACUGGGCCUUUGGAGCUCUGGUGUACUGUUGGUGGGUGGGUUGGUGGGUGGUAGGUGGGGUGCAGGGCGGGGAAAGCAGCAUUCAGAGCAACAUGCACAGGGAGAUAACAAUAGCUCCACUGGGAGACCUGCAGAUGUUAGCAGUGUGGGGAAUAGUAGUGGGAUCUUAUCAGUACCCGAGUAUAUGCUGGGAAAAACAGCCAAUACACUGACAUUCUCUCACUCACUGUCUUGAAGUAGAUUUCUCAAUUUCCUGACAACUCUUUUUUUCCUUUAGACUUCUUUCUGGAAACCUUGAGCUCAUUUGUUCGUCAAACAUGAGGAAAAUACAGAAGUAGAAGUAGAAAGGAGAUUUCUUGUGUCUGGUUAUUUGGAUUUGAAGGUUCUAGAUCCCUGUGCAAAUGAUAUGCUGACAGAAAUGCAUGAUAUCGUGCUCACAAUGAUCCAUUUCUCUCAGAUGAUCUUGUGUAUUUCUCCCUAUCAUAAUCGUAAUCAGAGGAAAACUGUAACUUGGUUUUUCUGUGUUCUUCUUCAGGCCUGUUAAAGAUGCACUGGAACCCAGAGCAUGCCCAGCCCCUCAGCCAGUGGCCUGAGCAGCACCUGGACGUCUCCUCCACCACCUCCUCUCCGGCCCACAAGUCGGAACUCUACUCCGGCCGAGGUCGCGGCUCCUACAACUACGCCUGGGCCAAUGAUGACAUCUCAGCUUUGACGGCCUCAAAUCUGUUGAAGCGCUAUGCUGAGAAGUAUUCUGGAGUCCUGGACUCACCCUAUGACAGGCCUCCUGCUGUGGGUGCCUACCCUGAGCCUGGGGCCUUUGGGGGCCUGAGUGGCCCAAAGACAGAACUGGAGCCCUGGCCACUGACGCACAGCACUGAUGCCUCCUAUUCCCUGGUGCCCCCUGGAGGCCAUGAAAGCCUCUCAGCCUCCAAAGCUGUAGCCACAUCUGCAGGCCUGCCGGGGGUCAGCAGUGUGUCCGUCGUGAACAGUAAUCUCUCAGACUCGGGCUAUAGUGGUAGCAGCUCUUGCAGUGGCUCCAGCGAGUACCCCUCCAGCUACAACGGCACCUAUCUGUCCUCAGGGUACUGUCCCCAACCCAGUGCAGCACUUCCCCCUGCCUCCCUACACACUCUCCAAUCCACCCCUACCCUGGUGGCCAGUUAUAGUCCUACCACACCUGUCUAUAACUACCCCCCUGGCACAUACCCUCCCCAGACCAGCCUUGCCCCCAGCUACAGCCACCCAUCUGCCACCUACUUGCCCUCAGGUUUACCAGCCCCCACCCCUGUCCCCUCAAGGCCCACAGUCGUAGGAGGCAGCUACAGUUACCAGAGCACCAACCUUGGGACAUCCGAGUCAGGAGGGACAUUAAAAAGAAAAGCUUUUGAGAUGAGUGUAGACGAGGAUGAGAGUGGGGAUGGCUCUCGUUACAGGAAAUACAGCUAUGACCCCUUGAAAGCUGGGGGAAACUCACCCUACAGUGUGAAUGACAAAACUGAAUGUCGGGGAAACGGCUUUAGCAGCUCAGGCAGCACAGACCCCCAAACCUUCAAGCCCACGAAGCCCUCCUCCCAGCCACUGGUGUCUCCUCAGUACGGAACAGCGGGGGAAUUUAGCCCUCAAGCGGGCAUGACAGGGGAGAAUGUGGUGUCGGAGCAGGGUUUCAUCCAACAGCAGCAACAUCUCUCCCAGGCUCACAAGCGCCCUCUAUGUGCUCCCACUGUGGAGACUAUGAAGAGCCCAGACCCCAGGCUGUUGGAUCUUGUCAAUGGAGAGUUACUGGACUGUAGCCCGGCACUGGGCUGGGGUGAGCUGGCUGGGCUUACUCAUGUAAAGACUGCCCUGGAGGAGGACCUCCUCUGGCCCGUGUUAAGGCCAAGUCCAGUGGUGCGGCCACCAAGAACCGUCCUGCUUUUCGGUCCGAGGGGAGGGGGUAAGACCACAUUGACUCGUUCUUUGGCUUCGCAGCUGGGGGCUUCAUUCUACAGGCUGAGUGGAGCCAUGCUGGCGUCUAAAGGGAAGGCAGAGGCAGAGCACAUUCUGGGGUCUCUUUUGCAAGCUGCAGGGGCACGGCAGCCCUCUGUGGUGCUGCUCAGUCAGGUGGAGGCCAUGGAAGAGGAGGGGCUGAGGCAGACACUGUUAACCACCCUGGAAAAAGCCCAGGUGGGGUCCACAGGUCUGGUCAUUCUUGUGUGUGCUACUGGCAGGCCCGAUCUGCUGCAAGAUGCAGUUCAUAGGAGCUUUGCCAAGAGGUAUCACGUCGGCCUGCCUGAUGUGGGUAUGCGCAGACAGGUGCUGCUUCAGGUGCUGUCGCCUCAGGGCUGCAGCCUUAGUGAGCGGGAGCUGGGCGCCGUGCUGCAGCGCACAGAGGGCUUCUCAGUGUGGGAGCUGCUUCAACUCAGCCAGCAGGCACUGUCCUCAGCGUCCUCCCCCACUGGAGCCUCGCACGGCCUCCCCACAUCAUCCAAACCCCCAGCCUUCACAGACUUUGAGAAUGCCUUCUGUAAGGUACGCCCACACAACGCCACAAAAGAACUGGACACUUGUACAGAAUGGAGCAAGAUGUAUAACCACUGAGAACGUAGCCAGUCGCUGUACUUGGACUGCAUUAUAACCCUGUCUUUGCUUUGACAUGGCAGGCCUCGGGAAUGUUGUUUUGUAAUUAUGGAUUAUGCAGCCAAAAGAGCCAGGUAAGGUUGAUGGUAGUGACAGAUUUGUUCCACUGGCAGAAGCAUGCCAUGGUGUGCUUUCUUUGUUUUCCUAUGAAUACACGCAAUAUUUUUGUUUUUCCCAAAGAAGAGAAGAAGAAAAGGCCUUGUUAAGUGGGGUAGUGUAUUAGUCUUUUGGCCAAUGGGAAAAUCAGCUGAAAUUCUAUUUGGAUGCUCUCUGAGAUCCUGAUUAGCCUUGAUCCGGGACAAAAUCAAUUAUUUGUUGCUAGGUGACGUGGUCCAAGAUUAUGGAUAAUCAGGGUUUGGAAAUCCCCCUUUGACUGCUACUCUCAGGAUCCUAUUUAUUGCCAAUCUGCUUCCACAUUAUGUUGAUUUAGUCAUUGGAUUGUCACAAAAUCAGCGCAAAGGGCUUAGGAUCAGCAACAUUUCAGCACUACAGUUUUUGUUUUGUUUUUUGUUUGUUUUUAUGUUUUUCUACCAAAACUCAUCUAACCAUGCAAAAUCAGCUGUAUUAUUUUACUUCUCCAAACAGUUAAAAUAAUAUGUCUUCAAAGCUUGGCACCAAAUCUAAACAGUUAGUCUUUGCUACUCCCCUCCAAAAAAAAAAAAAAUGUCUGAGGACUUUAAUGAAAUCCAAACAUGCUGCUGUUGAUUCAAAGUUAAAGAAAUUCUCAUGGGAAAUGGUUAAAAAAAAAAAAUCAUAUAUUUUCAUUGGAGCAUAAAAAUGAAUGAAUUCAGGGGCCACUUAGUCUCAUUUCUGGGUUGUUUGUGACUUCCACAUACUUUGUUCCCCAUAUCACAUUCCUGAUUGUCUGCAGUUUUCCUGAAAAUCCCACCCACCAAACAGAAGAUACCCUUCUGGCACCCCCAGCUUUUCCUAAAGUCUGUUUUUAUUUCAAAUUACUCCUUUUGUUUUUCUAGUGUGUAGUCAUGUUUGAAAUGCUCAGGAAGAAUUUCUUUACCUCAGAAAUAUGAAAUUAAAGAAUGUAUGUAAUCUUAGGGUCUUAGUAGAGAGCGACGCCGUGAGAAGGAGGAGCGAGGAGAAACCUGACAGUCUUGUAACACCCACUACAGCUGGGCUUUUACCUCGGUAGAGAAACUUGAAGAUGCUACAAAGAGUAACAUUGAAUGUAAUUCAGGUAUUUCAAAGGAUAUUUGAUGCCAUAAAUCCAUGUAUUAUUAUAUAUGAAUAUAUAAAUAUGUUUUCUUUUCUGUUCUUUUACCUUUUAUUUUUAUCGUAGUUUAUGGUGGAGUGAUGAUUGUCUUCAAGAAAUGCUAUAUAGAAUACUGAAAAUAUUCCUUGUUUUGUUGGACAAACUGCUUGCAACAUACAUAUCCUGUUUAUGUAUGUCUUUAAAGUCAUAUCCCAAAAAUAUCUUAGGGCACACAAUCAUUUCUGUAAAUUCAUGGUGACAUUCGAGCACAAAAUACCUCCAAAGGAAAUCACACAUGCAAAAAAAAGUCAAAAGAAUUAGAGGUACUGUAGCUUUUAGCAAAAUCCAAAGUGUAUAAAUCCAGUUUUUGUGUACAUAUUGUAGUUGAAGACAACAUGUGGACAAUCGGGACAAACCUCUUCUCCACGCCCGUCCUACAGUUUUGUUUUAACAAGCUGGAAAAAACACACUCACUGGACUGCAGGUACAGAGGUCCUACGUAUUCCAGUGACUGUUGCCAUGGUCCUGAGGAGGAACACACAGAAUGAUGUAAUAUUUCCUCCCACCCCCUCCUCCCUCUGUAUCUCUCCCCCUCCCUCCCCUCAUCAUUAUUUUUCUCUUUUUCUCUCUCCCCAGUGCAAUCUCAUUAGAUUGGAUUGCCCCCUGGCCACAAGCCCCUGUGGCCAUGUGGUGUUGUAUCCUCCGCCCUUACCACCCCACCCCACCCCCCACCCCCCCUUCACCUUCCCCUUCCCUUGCACUGAUCUCUCUCUGUGGAGUGGAAGUGGUCUGAUUGAUGUCCAGCAACCCUAUAUCACAGUGCAGCCGUCCCUUUCCAGCUGGUGGCUUCAGUCAUGCUGUACAGCCAGAUCAAUCAGGGUGACCCCCGCUGUGCAUACUGAUCACUGUCGCAGAAACUGAAAACACAUUUACAAAUUACAAAACAACCCCUGCCUCAAGCUGCAUGGUGGAGAUAAAGCUGCCAAUUAUUCACGGAAUAAUCAAAAUGAAACAAAAACAUCGACUUAUACUUACAGUUGGUUACAUAAUGUUGAUUUGUGGUUGUUCCCUUUACUCCUGACAGUUUGUCCAACAAAAGAAGCGUUUAUUUUUUUACAUGUUUUGAUCUGUUAUCGCGGUAUCAUUGUUCUUGGUUGUUGUACAUUUUCUGUAACCAUUUCUACCUCAUUUUUGCGGCAUAUUGUACAUGAAAGUAUUUAUUUCAUGUCUUUUUUGAUGUCUGUUUUAAAAAUGAUAAUGUUCUUGAACUGUAAUGGUCUACCUCAGAAAAGACUGUAUUUUAAGAGAAGAGUAUCACACAAUAUUAAACAGAAUUUGUCAAUAUUGCAA